AAGAGCCAACCAAUGUCAAGGGUUGUCUAGUCUGCUGUGUCAAUCUGAAGAAAAACCCUUACCUAAAAACCCUGCGCCGCGCAAGCCGCCCGCUCGCCGCCGUCAACUAACGCACCGCCACCGCCACCGCCACCGCGGCGGAAAAUCGUCGUCUUAAGAAUAUUCAAGAGUAAAAUGGCUGGUCCUAAACUCGGCAAGAAGAAGGGCGGUAGGGCUGCAACUAUUCCCCCUAGGAAGAAGCAAAAAGCAGAAUUUAGUUUGGAAAAAGAGUCGGAAAAAGAGGACUUGUUUAGUGAUUCUGAUGUCACAGACGAGCCUGAGAACUUUGGGGAAUCAGAUGGGGAAGAACCGGAGAAGGAUUCUGAUUCAGACAUGUCAUCAGAGGAUGAUGAUCCAUUUGCAGAUGAUAUACUAAAAGGAAAUAGCGAUGAUGGUGGUGAUGAUGAUGAUGAAGAGGAGAGUUCUGGUGACGACUCAGAUUCAGAUGCAUCUGACAUUGAGAAGAGUGCAAGGGCUAUUGAUGAGGAAAAAGCACAGGAAGAAGAAGAUGCAGAGGCCGAAUUGCAGCUUAACAUCAAAGAAGAAACUGAUGAGUUUAGAUUACCAACUGAAGAGGAGCUUGAAGAAGAAGCAAAUAGACCGCCAGAUCUUUCCAAUCUUCAGAGAAGGAUAAAAGAGAUUGUGCGCAUCCUUUCAAAUUUUAAGUCUUUGAGUCCAGAGGGUGCAUCACGGAAGGAUUGUAUCAAUCAACUUAAACUAGACUUAUGCUCUUACUAUGGAUACAAUGAAUUUCUAAUUGAAGCGUUGAUUGAGAUGUUUCCUGCUGUUGAACUUAUGGAACUUAUUGAAGCCUUUGAGAAGCCUCGACCUAUAUGCAUUCGCACAAACACUUUGAAGACUCGUCGGAGGGACCUGGCUGGUAUUCUAUUAAAUCGAGGAGUCAACCUUGAUCCAUUAAGCAAAUGGUCCAAGGUUGGUUUGGUUGUAUAUGAUUCACAAGUUCCGAUUGGUGCAACUCCAGAAUAUAUGGCUGGCCAUUAUAUGCUUCAAAGUGCGAGCUCCUUUUUACCAGUUAUGGCCCUUGCUCCUCAUGAAAAGGAAAGAAUUGUUGACAUGGCGGCUGCUCCUGGUGGUAAAACGACUUACAUUGCUGCUCUUAUGAAAAAUACUGGUAUCGUUUAUGCAAAUGAGAUGAAGGAAUCAAGACUCAAAUCACUAACUGCAAAUUUGCAUAGGAUGGGUGUGACCAACUCCAUAGUUUCUAACUAUGAUGGGAGGGAGCUGCCCAAAGUUCUAGGGAACAACUCAGUAGAUAGAGUAUUAUUGGAUGCUCCUUGCAGUGGCACUGGGGUUAUUUCCAAGGACGAGUCUGUGAAAACCUCAAAAAAUAACUUAGAUAUACAAAAUUGUGCCCAUCUACAAAAGCAACUAAUACUUGCCGCAAUUGAUAUGGUGGAUGCAAACUCAAAAUCAGGAGGAUACAUUGUUUACUCCACAUGUUCCAUAAUGGUUGCCGAGAAUGAAGCUGUUAUUGACUAUGCACUCAAGAAGCGGGAUGUUAAACUCGUGCCCUGUGGACUUGAUUUUGGGCGUCCAGGAUUUAUUCGCUUCAGAGAGCAUCGCUUCCACACUUCCUUGGAUAAGACCAGGCGGUUUUAUCCCCACGUACACAACAUGGACGGAUUCUUUGUGGCCAAGCUGAAGAAAAUGAGUAAUACAAAGCCAACUCCACAACAGUCUGAAAAUUUAGGGGAGGUUGAGGAAUCUUUGGCAUCAGUUGAGAAAAACGAUCAAAAAAAUCCUCAAGGUGAUAAACACAAACAACAGAAAAAGAUUGCUGUGAAAGAGAGCAAAAAAGUCACCAACGGCUCUACUAAAUUGGCGACAGGAAACAAAGCGAUGGGGAAUGAAAAGAAGAGUAAAAGGAAAUUACCUUCGAGGGAAGAAAUUGCAGAAGCUAGAGAAGCAAAAAGACAAGCUCUAUUGGAGGCAAAGAGAAAAGCAAAAUCAGGAAAACAAGGCAAGCCCUAGUGCCAGGGAACUUAAGAAUACAAAAUGAUUCGCUUCGCCUCAGUUAAUGCACCGGAGGAUGCAACAUUGUAUGCCUCUGGAAAAUAUCACAGCAGGUAAUAGUUGAAAUGUGGGGAUCCUGCUGUUAGUUAUCAUCUACAUGUUAUUUAAAGAUCUGUAUCACUGGUUGAGUUGAAUUUGAUGCAAUAGUUUGGUACUUUUGGCUGUAUAAUGCCACUAAAUUUUGUUACUUCUGGUCAUUAUGUAAAUGUAAUGCCCCAGACGCAUUUACCAUUUCAAGAAUUUUCACAUUGCUUACC